AUGAAUAAAUUCACAAUCAUUUCACUUAUCUGUAUCUUUUCUCUCUUUAUCUCUAUUGGUCUUGCCCAAGUCGGAACUCCAUCACCAACUCCCUCACCAACCCCAGCCCCCCCAGUACCAACUGAAACAUGUCUCACUUGUAUUUCUAACUUUGAAGCUGCUGCUCCCAAUAUCAUCGAAACCUUGAAUGGUACCACAAAGUUUGCUGAUUGUGCUGAAUUAUGUGAAAAAGUUGAUACACAAUCCUUUACCAUUUGUAAUACCACAUGUUAUGCAUCUGGUAAUAUAACAGCAUACUCAAAGAUUAUUGAGAAUGCCGAUCCAAUCCAUUUCUGUCUCAUCUCUAAAUUGUGUCCUGUCAACUCUAGACCAUCAGCCUAUACCACUCAAGUCAACAAUUUCCCAGACAAGCCAAAGUAUGGUGACACCAUUUUGUUCAAGAAUUUAGUUUAUAUCACCCAAACCCUUGGUGUCGGUGAAUACCAAUUCAACAUUACCGACAAGAAUGGUACCGUCGUCGUCACCAACACCACUAUUAUAGUCAACUGUGAAUCCGGUACCUAUGUCCCAUUCCAAAUGGCCAUUCCAACCAUCGGUUCCAAUUUAGUCGGAAACUAUACCUAUUCCAUCUCUUCACAAAUCUGUGCCGGCAGUUGCAACUCUGUCAAGUUUUAUGAAGGUUCAGCCAACCUCGGAACUAUCAUUUUCCCUUUCACCAUUGCUCCAGCUUCAUCUACUAUAGACCAAGAACCAGAAGUUGUAGUUGUUCGUAACUAUAAUAGAAAAUAUUAA